AAUAAGGCUAAGGAAGCAACAUCCACAAGUUAAGAAUUGCUUUUGCUCAGCAGCUUAGUUCACUUCUCAAACACAGAUACACAUACUAGUUUUUUGUCCAAUUAACAUACAAGUUAAGCCUCUGUUUUUUGUGAACAAUCAUGGCUUUUAGGUCUAUGAACCAUUGGAAAUGGGUGGCGAAUGGUUUCCGACAAUACGCCACCGCGACGCGGCCGAAGAUGAAGUCGUACGCCCCGACGGCGGACUUCGGUCAGUUCCAUAGGCAGCAGCAGCAACGGAAGCCGCCGAUGAAGGGGGACUUCGUGCCGGUGUACGUGGCGAUCGGGAUGAUAGCUUUGUCGGUGACGCUGGGUCUACACACAGCGAAGCAGCAGCUGAUGCAUUCUCCGACGGUCUACGUGAAGAAGAAGCGCCGUGAGACUUUGCCGGAGGUGGUGGAGCCCGAACACGUGCUGGAGCAGGCCGAUAGGUUCGUGAAGAAAUCCUUCUUCAGGAAGGUGGCCCACAUCCAAGACCCGAAUCAUGAUCAUGUCCUUUCGGAUCCCACGCGCGGUGACGCUUUCGCUCAUCGUCCACGUGCUGAGACUCUCAAGUCCGUUGGGGUUGACCCGGUGGGCAUAUAGGAAAGAGUUGUCAGAUAUAGCUUUGGUUUUAUUUUGUUGUAGAUGGUGUUUUUGGGCUAAUUUUUGUUUUUGUCAUAUUUGGUUAGCUCGGUUUUUCAUUUUAUGCUUCUUUUAUUUCUUUUUAAAUCCAUGUAAAUUGCACAGCUUUUCUUGUAAUGGUGAUGGCUUAAAAAUGUAAAUCCGUAGCAGAAAAAUAUGAUAAGAGUGUCUUUUUUAUGUUUA